AUGUCGCCAGAUACAGAGGACAGAGAUCACCGACGAAAAUACUCUCGCUCGCGUUCCCCUGUUGCAAGCAGCAGUCGAAGGAAACAUGAACGGAGCCAGGAAAGAUCGAGGGAUUAUGACAAGGAACAUACACGCCGACGACGAUCUCCAGAUCGAUCUCGAGAACGGCAUUCAGACCGACGAGAUGAUCACCGAAGGAGGCGAAGAGAAGAUUCCGUGAGCAGAAGAGACAGCGAUAGACCCCGGAGUCGGGAGAAGAGAGAUCGCGAUACUCGGAGACGGCGUCACGAUUCGGCCGAGCCUGACGAACAUUCCUCACGACGCGAUAGACGCCAAAGGUCGCGUUCAAAUGAAGUUGCAAGACGUCGACGAUCUGGAGACAGACGCGACCGUAGUAGUCGCUCUCCAGGAGCGCCAGUCCGGUCGCGAGGUCCAUUACCAUCUCAGAAUGACGCAUUCGAAUCAACAGAAGUUACCAAGACGGGCUCGCCAGCACCAGUCAAAGAGAAACCGAAUUUCGCGAAUACCGGUAGACUUGCCGCAGAAAGCAACACCAUCGCCGUCAACGGUAGCUCAGUGGUUCUCAAAUAUCAUGAACCAGCCGAAGCACGUAAACCGCCGGCAAAGGACGACUGGCGACUAUAUGUCUUCAAAGGAGAAGACUUGUUGGAAAUGGUGCCGCUGGGCGAACGUAGCUGUUGGUUGAUAGGACGAGAGAAACUGGUUGUAGAUUUCCCAAUCGAACAUCCAAGUUGUUCUAAGCAGCAUGCAGCUAUUCAAUUCCGCUACGUGGAAAAGAAGAACGAGUUUGGAGACAAGACAGGGCGUGUUCGGCCGUAUCUAAUUGAUUUGGAGAGCUCUAACGGGUCUAUGGUCAAUGGGGAUGCUGUUCCGGGUGGACGAUAUAUUGAGCUACGAGACAAGGAUGUUUUGAAGUUUGGACACAGCACUAGGGAAUAUGUGCUAAUGCUGUCACAAUCUUGA